AAAAAUGUAAAUAAAGGCUUCAGUGAUUUUCGUAGCCCUCCUGCCACCAGGGAAGUUUUAGUAUCUAGGCCAUCUAUGCUGAAAAGUAUAAUAGAUUUAAGAACUAAAAAUAUUACUUUCUAUAAGAAACUUCGAAAGUUUGCAAUCGACAAUAUCUACAUUUUUAACUCACCGAAGUCGAAUCUACCUCGGAAGCGUGAAUGAUAGAAAAAUCAACCUGAUCUAGAAUGAUAACCAAAGCUGGAUUUGCAAAGAUAUGGCAACUGAGUCGACAGGGAGUGAGAUUUGCCAGUACAUUAAAUGAUACUACUCCCAAAAGGAUAUGCAUUGUCGGCGCGGGCCCCGCUGGAUUUUACGCGGCUCAAUAUAUUUUGAAGCACUUGGAUAAUUCCCAAAUCGACAUUCUAGAGCGACUACCUGUUCCCUUUGGACUUGUAAGAUUUGGUGUGGCACCAGAUCACCCUGAGGUUAAAAAUGUGAUCAACACAUUUACGAAAACUGCGGAGAAUCCACGUCUGAGGUUUUUGGGAAACCUAAGUUUGGGAAAAGAUUUCACGCUAGACGAACUCAGAGAUAGGUAUCAUGCUGUUUUAUUGACAUAUGGGGCAGACAAAGACAGAAAGCUAAACAUUCCAAAUGAAUCAGUAACAAACGUAUUAUCAGCUCGGGAAUUCGUGGCCUGGUACAACGGUUUACCUGGUUUUGAACAUUUAAAUCCGGAUCUCAGUGGCAACACACUGACGUUACUAGGACAGGGUAAUGUGGCAGUCGAUGUGGCUCGAAUAGUGCUAUCCGGGCCGGAUUUAUUAAAGAGCACUGACAUUACUGAAUAUGCGCUGGAGACACUUUCACGAAGCAACAUAAAGAAAGUGCUCCUCGUGGGUCGCCGAGGGCCUCUGCAGGCGGCAUUCACUAUCAAGGAACUACGAGAAAUGCUAAAACUGCCCAAUUGUACCACAGCUUGGCGACCCAAUGAUUUGCAAGACCUAGACGAAGCACUGCCCAGUUUACCACGGCCUCGCAAACGAAUCACAGAGCUGAUGAUCAAAAGCCUUACGGAACAAACUGCUUAUAAGGAUUGCACCGAGGGUAAUAAAUUCCUACCGCUAUUCUUCCGCUCUCCGGUUAAAAUCUUAGGCACGAAUCAUGUGGAGGCAAUCGAAUACACCGUCAACAAAUUGGUCGACAAUCAGGCGGUUUCUACAGAUGAACGAGAAGUAAUUCCAACUGAUCUUGUGUGCCGAAGUAUCGGUUACAAGUCAGUCAACAUGGACGCCAGUUUGAAUUUUGACGACCGAAAAGGUUGCGUUCAAAAUGUGGCUGGCAGGGUGCUGAAGCGAACGCUCACCGGUAGCGAUCAAACGAUCGACGAUAUAGAAGACAAGUAUGAGAAUGGGUUGUACGCAUCUGGCUGGCUCGCAACCGGUCCCACGGGAGUCAUUCUUACCACGAUGAACAAUUCGUUCGGCGUGGCGGAUUUGAUCUGUAGAGAUUUCAAAAAUAAUGUGAUUCGGAUAAAGGAAGCCAAACCCGGAUUGGAUACGAGUGGAAAAAGGGUGGUCAGCUGGAUGGGCUGGAAAGCGAUCGACGCAGAAGAAUGUCGUCGAGGAGCAACAAAAGGAAAGCCCCGGGAAAAAAUAGUCAAGGUGGAUGAGAUGCUCAACAUUGCGGACGGAAAGUGAGACACUUGAAUAAUGUGAGAUUGAAAAAUCAACGGUUAUUGGUUGCGUAUGGCGUAUUGCUGUAGGUAUUGAAAAUUUAUUUAUUAUUUAGAUAUUGGCUAUUUUACGCUCAAGCGUAUGGGAAUCUAUAAGGUUUAUAAGGUUCUAUGCAUUCAGGAUCACUCAAGGAAUAUUUAUUGUA